UGGUCUUAUAAUACCAAUGGCCAACCAAACCAAAAAACCACUCCCAUAGCCAUAAUUCUCUUAAAAAAACAUCAUGAAUAACACCACCACCACCCUCUCCGAUCCGAGUUCCGACACCGACGGGUUCCUCGGAUCGGGUCAUAUCGGAGGGUUUGGGUAUGGGAUCGGUGUCUCAGUAGGUAUUCUUCUUUUAAUUACAACUAUAACCCUCACAUCAUAUUUUUGUACUCGAAAUCAAAUGACAGAGUUACCACCACCAAGGAGAAGACAUAGAAUUAAUCGAAGUACGUUACAACAUGAUGGUCAAGACAAUAACAACAAUUGUAUAGUCGAUAUUAUUGGGAUCGACGAAACAACUCUUUUAAGUUAUCCUAAGUUGUUGUACUCUGAAGCUAAGGUAAAUCAUAAGGACACAACAGCUAGUUGUUGUUCAAUAUGUUUAGCUGAUUACAAGAAUAAAGAUAUGUUGAGAUUAUUACCAGAUUGUGAACAUUUGUUUCAUUUGAAAUGUGUGGAUCCUUGGCUUAUGUUGAAUCCAAGUUGUCCUGUUUGUAGAACAUCUCCUUUGCCAACACCACAAUCUACACCUUUGGCUGAGGUUGUUCCUUUGGCCACUAGACCUUUGGGAUGAAUUCACUGCUCGACUAAUUCAGAUUCAUACAACAUAAAGCUCGUUAAGGUGAAACGUAUGCUUCCGAUUGAAGAUUUAAUUUCUACAUUGGUAAUGAUAUAAGUAUCUUGAUCUUGUUUCUUUGGCAAUCUUUGGGAUGACUGACUUGACUAAUUCAGAUUUACACCACAUAAAGCUCGUCAAGGAAAUUUCUUCAUUGGUAAUUAAUUACAUUAGUUUCUUGAUCUUGUUUAUUUUUCUUAUAAUUGCUUUGUGUAAACUGUAGAUUAAUUAGUUUUUUUACAUUGACCCCAUUUUCUGAAAAUUUUAGCAUAGUUGUAAAUUAUUAGUCCUUGAAAGGGAAACAUUGAUUAGUCAAUUUCUUGAUUUUUUUU